GAUUGCUUCCUAAGCUAAUCAAAUGAAUCACUUGUGAAUUUUCGAUUUCCGUCCGGUAACGCUAUCUCUUUUGAAUUUCCCAAUCUCCGAGCCCCCUGAGAGUUAUGGUGAUAUAAACGGCAAAUUCUUGGUAGCAAUUGCAGCGGCCAUCGUGAGCAUGUGUCGACAAGAUUCCCGUGUACGUAUGUCCGCCGAAGAGGAAAUCGCCGCCGAAGAGAGCCUCUCCAUUUACUGCAAGCCCGUCGAGCUCUACAACAUUCUUCAGCGCCGUGCUAUAAGAAACCCAUCUUUUCUUCAAAGAUGUUUGCGCUACAAAAUAGAGGCUAAGCAUAAAAGGAGAAUACAAAUGAUGAUUUCUCUACCAGGGACUGCGAAUGAAGGUUUACAAACUCAGAAUCUGUUUCCUUUGUGCAUCUUUUUGGCGAGACUAGUUUCUGAAGUUGCAGUUGUCGAGUACUCAGCUGUGUACCGCUUUAGUCGAGCAUGCAUUUUCACCAAUCCUACUGGAGUUGAGGGGAGUACUCAAAUUCAAGCUAAUAUUAUUCUUCCUGAGAUUAAUAAGCUAGCAUUGGAGGCCAAAUCUGGCUCACUUGCCAUCUUGCUUGUCAGCUGGGCUGGAGCGGAAAAUUCCUUGCUUGGAACUAAUUUAUCUAAAGAUCCUUUGGAUGCAACUCCUUUUCCAUCAAAUGGUCGAGGAUACUGCUUAUGGGGCAAGAUACCAUUGGAAUCACUUUAUGUGUCAUGGGAGAAUUCUCCAAACUUUAGUUUGGGACAGAGGGCUGAGAUAAUGUCAACAGUAAGCAUGCAUUCUUGCUUCUUGAAGUUGAGUUGUUUGAAUGAGGAAAAAUGCAUCGCAAUUCAACUUCCCUAUAAUCCUGAAACUGUGAGUACAUCGCAGCAAGUGCAAGUUACCAUUUCUGCAGAAGAGAUAGGGGCCAAGGAGAAAUCUCCUUAUAAUUCAUACAUAUGUAGUGAUGUUCCUUCUUCAUCGCUGUCCCAUAUUAUUCGGUUAAGGGCAGGAAAUGUCAUUUUUAAUUAUCGAUACUACAACAAUAAGUUGCAGAGGACAGAAGUAACUGAAGACUUUUCCUGCCCAUUCUGCUUGGUAAAAUGUGCUAGCUUUAAGGGUUUAAGAUUUCACUUAUCUUCAUCACAUGAUCUCUUCAACUUUGAGUUUUGGGUGACCGAAGAGUAUCAAGCUGUAAAUGUGUCUGUGAAAACUGAUACGUGGAGAUCUGAGGUUGUUGCAGAUGGUGUUGAUCCUAAGCAGCAAACAUUCUUCUUUUGCACAAAGCCACUUAAACGGAGAAGACCGAAGAGCCUAGUUCAAAAUGCAAAGCAUGUACAUCCACUGGCCUUAGAGUCAGAUUUGCCAUCUGGGGCUUGUGAGCUUCUAGACAAGGCUGAUGAUGCUCAUUCUAGCAAAGGUGAUAAGGCUCGUUUCUCAGGGGUUUCAAGUGCCACACCACAAUCAUAUGCUGAUGGCGAUUGCAUUCAAUCAAUACCCGGGAACAAUCUUGCACCCACUACCAUGCUACAGUUUGCAAAGACCAGAAAGUUAUCUAUUGAACGUUCUGAUCCUAGAAACUGUGCCCUCCUGCGGAAGCGACAGUUCUUUCACUCACAUAGAGCUCAGCCUAUGGCACUGGAGCAAGUAUUAGCAGAUCGGGAUAGUGAGGAUGAAGUUGAUGAUGAUGUUGCAGAUUUUGAAGAUCGAAGGAUGCUUGAUGAUUUUGUUGAUGUAACCAAGGAUGAGAAGCUAAUGAUGCAUAUGUGGAACUCCUUUGUGAGGAAGCAACGGGUUCUAGCAGAUGGUCAUAUUCCUUGGGCAUGUGAGGCCUUUUCGAGAUUGCAUGGACCUGACCUUGUCUGUAACCCUUCCCUUGUCUGGUGUUGGAGAUUAUUUAUGAUCAAGCUGUGGAAUCAUGGUCUCCUUGAUGCACGCACCAUGAACAAUUGUAAUGUUAUUCUUGAACAAUGCCAGGAUUCAUAUCCUAAAAGCUAAGGAGAUGAUGUAUUUUGAGCCAGCAAAGGAUUACAGGCAAAAAUGAAUUACUUCCUUCCUUAUGUACUAAUCUUGAUCUCUACUUGUAGCAAAGGAUUAGGCCUACCCUUCUGUGAGUUAGCAUACCUUCAUUAACUUUGUGUAAUUCAACGAAAGAAAAAAAAAAAAUGUAACAAUGUAACUUUGUUCUCACUUUCUUGGGUUUUUGCCCAAGAUGCAAAGAAGGAUCAGGCCAUUUUUUUGGCCCAUUUCCUAAUUCUUAUUUGUAUUAUUUUCAAGCAUUA